ACACUGCUAAUGUGCUGGUACCAAUUACCAUAAUAGUUAACUGAUGUGGCAAAUGUAAUUUUUUUUUUUAUCAAGUUAGUCCCUUGAUCCCUUUUAAAAACCCUCAUCCUCAAAUAUUUUUAGCCCUUCUUCUCCUCUUCUCUCCUAAUUCCUGGCCGAGCUUCGCACAGGGGGACCUCUUCUCUCCUCUUCUUGGUCUCGUCCCAAUCUUGCCUGGUUGAAGCUCAACAACUACGACAAUGUUUUCUUGGCGGAGGAUAGAGCUGGAUUUGGGUGUGUCUUGCGUGAUUCUUCUAAUUGGUGAGUGCGUGGCGGAGUAGGGAUUUCUGUAUAUUAACAAAAAAAAGGUUUGUAAGAGGGAUCAAGGAAGUAAAGAGGGAAGAGUGGGUCGAAGAGCACGGCAAGGUUGGAGUUUGCGGAAAGGAUGAACCAUCGGUACCGGAGUGAGUUGAAGAAUGGGAGCGUGUAUGUUGGUGGCUGUGAUGUGUAUGAGCACGUUGUGGUUCGGGUCGAUGCAGUGCUGUUUCGGGGAGAAUUGUCGCUGGUGAAUUUGGGUUAGGGUUUGGGGUUGGGGUUUGAGGAAGGUGGAGCGAAGGAGUAGAGAGAUGGAAGCCAGGUUUCCCAAGGUUGGUUGCGGGAUUGAGUUUAUGGCUCUGCUUUGGUUUUGUUUGACACCGCCACUGGGUCUAACAGUUAACUCAGUUGCCACUGUAAGCGUGAUUAACAUUUCGGGCAUAAUGCAUUGAAAAUUUUGCAUAGGAUUGGGCUCACUGGACUCAGCAGUUGCUUGCGUCUGCGUUCUGAUUAGAAUUUAGAUGCCCCAUGGAUCUCCAACAAAGGAAGAGUUAAGAAAAGAAAGAAAAAGAGAGGCCAACAGAAAAUGUGCUCAGAGGAAGAGAAAGAGAGAACAGGAAGCAUUCCAAGAGCUCGAAGGAUCCGUGGCAAAGCUUAGAACUGAAGUCCAAUUACUCCAUGAAGAACUUACUAGACUUCACAAGGAAAAUAAGGAACUCGACCAGGAAAAUAACUCCAUUCAAGAAGAAAUUUUCAAGAUGCAUGGGAUGAAAUUAUCAGCAAAAUUUGUGAUCAGUUCUGCUGUUGAUGAAGUUUAGAAAUUAGAAGCUAUAGUUAUAAAUUUAGAAAUGGCUUAGUUUCUGAGAAUUUCUUGUAAAUGUAGGUAAUUAUAUUUUGUUGAAUAAGCCUUUGUUUAAUUAGUGUAGUAAUAUUAAGGUCACAAAUCCAAAUAACCGUUUCUUGAUCACAUUUCAAAUUUGAAAAUAAAUUAAAUGAAAA